AUGGUGCGCGAGGUGUUCGAGGCCUUCUUGACCGACCCGAUCCGUGUAAAUGAAGACGUCUUCGCGCUGUGGCUCGCGGGCCACAACGCCGACGAUACGCUGACCGCUCGUCUGAGUCUCCCGCUGGCUGUGCCCAUGUCAUUUCUCGGCGGAGACGCAGCCUCAAAAUUGCGCGAGCUACUCUGGCGAGACACUGUGGACCAGUAUCGACUCUACGAUAAGCUGGAGCACUACUUGGCACAGCCAAGUUUGUUUCGAUCGCAGUUGUUGUUUCAGAUCCCUCCUGACCAGCAGUAUUACAUGGUGCAACGCUACUACGUGCGAGAUGCCGACACGGACCGCUGGCUGCUGGGCAAGAAGCUCUGUGGCCGUCUAGAAAAGGAUUUGGAUGAUGUAGCUGAACGAUCUGGACGCACGCUGAAAAGCUGUCGCCGUCAACUGGAUAAUCUUCGACGGGUGUAUGCUGCGGUGGAAGAUCGCAACUUCCACGGUUCUGUAGGUCGUACGAUUAGCGACCUCUUCCUGCUUUCGGAGCAGCUUGCCAGCGAGUACGCGUGUCUGCUCUUUAUCUUGCACACGAGGUUUCAAGUGCAUCCCCAACAUCCUGACACUGGAUUUUUAACGUGGUCCGAUCUCUGUUACAUCGCUGCAUUGCUAAUGACGCACUGGCUCCCGCAACGAACGACGUUUCCGAAGCUCACGUAUUCGAAUAAAGCUCUCGCAACAACAAACGUAGUUGGCGACACUGUUGUCGAGAAUGGUGCCCAACUUGCAUUGCGAUCUCUGAGCACUGGGGAGUGGCCAACUACUGGUAUGUUGCAGGAGACGCUGCAGCCGACUAGCGUAUGGGAGACAGUUGGGUUAGAUCCGAGCCAUCUUUUGGCCAACUGUCUGCGCGAUCUGAAGGCACAUCUGAUUAAUGACAAUGACGUGCUCAAGACGUAUCGAGACAACAUUAUCGCACGCGUACAAGCGUGGACUGCCGCAGAGGGGACACUGCGGAAUAUCGUUUACACUUUUGACGAGCUGGAGAGCAAGUUGUACCUUGUGGUCCAUGGGCUGUUAACCAUUGGUGCUGGCCUGUCUCAGCCAAAAGAGUUUCAACAUCUACUGGAGCACUUGCUGACUCGUGUCGUAUACGUUUUACACGAGUGUGGGGUGAUGAAGCCACAGCUGAAUGCUCUAUUCAGCGCGUUCGUCGAUGCGCUAGCUGAGCUGGAUGUGUGGUACCUUAAUGGUCAGGGGACGCGCGGCUUACUGCUUGCUAGCUGGGAUCGCUUUAUCAGCGUAUGUCGAGCUGUGGUGCUGGCAGUCUACGAUCGCUGUCACCCUGCUGCAACAACGACGUAUGAGCCGGCAUAUUUGCAUAAUGGCGCGACGGAGCGGACGGUAACCAGCGCUUCAGCGGUGCAGGCUCGGAUGGCAAUUGCCUUUGAGUCACCAGGUCGUUAG